AUGGCUUCAUCAUCCAGAUCGAUUAUCCGUCCAAGUGAUGUUCCCGAUAGGAUAAUCUCAAGAAGAAAUACCGUCACGAGGGAUAGGGUACCACGGGCUGUUUCUAGACGCAAUUCGGCACCAGUUUCAAGGGAUGGUAAAGAACCUUCAUCGUUCCUAUAUUAUCUGCUUCGCAAGAUUUCAAGGAAGAAGAUAGAGAAUAAAGGAGCCGUGUGCAGAGAUAAUCUAGCCAAUGAAAGGACUGUGUUGGCAUAUCUUAGAACGGCGUUAACUAUGAUGACUGUCGGUAUUACGUUUUCUGUACUUUUCCAGACCAAAUUACUAUUAUUAUACACGGAGAGUGAAGAUGAGGUCAAUGAUCAUGCGAAUGCCACGAUGUCAACUUUGCAAACUAACAGAGCGUAUGCAGCACUAAAUAGGUUUCAUACACCACUUAGCUGUACCUUUAUAGGAGUGGGGGGUCCUCAUUAUGACGUUUGGAAGUUUCAGGUACUAUUCCAAUGA